AUGGAUUUUCUAAGUGCUACUAAUAGAGAUCCACACACUUUUUCGAAUCCAGGACAUGUCACAAACGCGCUUGAUGGAACACUUUUACAUCGUCAUAUUGAUGAAACUAAUUCUGCCUUUGGAAAUGCAAUUCGCGUAGAUUUGCCAUCAAUUAUUGGCACUGAUAACCCUGAAUGUAAAAUACAAAUUGAAUAUGAAACACGUGAAGACUCUCGUGCAUUAUAUUGGCUAACACCAAAGCAAACUGCCGAUGGUAAACAUCCCUUUCUACUGUCUAACAACAAGCUAAUUAACGCUAGAUCGUGGUUUCCUUGCCAAGACACUCCAUCUGUCAAAUUUACGUACUCUGCUACGAUUUGGGCAGGAAAUUUAGUUACAUGUUGCAAUUAUGAACAUUUGUGGUUAAAUAAGAGUUUCAGCAUUUUUAUUUCGAGAAAAAUCAUGCGCACAAUUUUAUAUCAUGAAGAUUCGUCACCUGACGUCACUAAAUAUGUGCCAUGCGAAAGGGGAUAUUUUCUUUUAUGUCAUCUAGGGAAUAUGUUAGGAGGACCCACAUUAUUCGAACCAUUUCUUAAAUCUUAUUUUAAUAAUUUUGCAUUUAAAAGCAUUAAUACUGCAGAUUGGUUAAAUUACUUGUAUAAAAAAUUUCCUAACAAUAAGGAGAUGUUAGAUGGUGCGUUGAAUGGCGCUUGUGGUUCGGUGACACUUUUUCUACACCUGUCCUACCGGAAUUGUCGGAAAAGUCUUUAUGGGAAGAAAAAUUCUCAUUCACACAAAUUGAUUCGCAAUUACUUAACGUAAAACGUAACGCACGUAUU